AUGCUAGGAAAAAUUUGCAUAGUGGCCUUGGUGGCAUGUGCUACCGCACAGAUAUUCCAUCUGGGUGGAAAUCACCAUGAUCACGCAGAGCUCGGUUCCUUCAGCUUCUUUUACGAUCCAAAAUCGCACUACUUGAUAGGACGAACUAGCCACAACUGCUACUUUAUGAGUCUUGGACCUACUGAACAACACGAUAUCCAUACCAACACAGGAUUGGAAACAUCAGAGCUAAAGAUGAUUACAAUGAUCGGAGGCGGAGAGGAUGAGCUGACCUCAGACCAGAUGUUACAGCACAGUCGUAUUAUAGAUCUUAUGUGCAAUCACCACACAUUGUAUAUGGUUGGUCCGGUGUCAACUGUUGUCCCAACAACUGUUGUCUAA